AUGGACUUGCUCAAGAUACUCGACGGCACUCCGGAGCCUCCCAUCGUCUCGCUCACAACGUCUGAGAACCUAUCUGGGGAUUAUUGGUUACCCGUUCCCAUGUGUGAAUAUCAGAAGGAGCUGACGGACCAGGUGGUUUCGCUGCACUACUCCGAUAUACUGAAGUACUUCGAGACUGAUGACAAGGAGCAGGUGCUACUGGACUCGCUGGAGGUGCUGUACCUGAACUCGCAGCUUGUUGCUACGCAUCCUUACUUGCUGAUUGACCACUACAUGCCGAAGAACCUCGCUACCAAGGACACUCCAAACAAUCUCUGUGACACCAGUGGCAAGUUCAAGGUGCUGCGGGACCUCAUAAGCAUGCUGGAGGGCCGGAGCAUCGAUGUUGCGCUUGUGGGAAGAUCCGGUAAGCUUCUGGACAUGCUGGAGAGCCUGUUACUGGGGACAAGGUGUAACAUCAAGAGGCACCACGGAAGUAACUUGAAGAUACCUGCCAAGUCGCAGAAUACCAAGAACAAUAAACCAAAGGUGCUGACGAUGCACAUCAUCCCAUCAGAUGUGGAUGACUUUGUAACAACGUCGAAGUUUGACCUGGUGAUCUCGUUCGACAUCACGCCGACAAAUGAGUUCUUGCAAUCCUUGAGAAAGAGCACAAGGGUCCCGAUUCUAAGGCUUGUCUCGACGAAUUCCAUCGAUCACAUUGCACUCUACUUCCGCCAAUUCCAUGAGAGAGGCACAGAGGAAUACCUCGUCCAGGUCACUGCUGCAAUCGUCGUCCUGAGAGACCAGGUGGGUGUCUUACCACCGGACCUGAGACCAAUCUACUUCAAGAACCUGACGUAUUUGAAAGACUGGUGCGAGGACUUUGUUCACACGCCAUGGCCGUUGCCUGAGAUGUCCAGCAUUAGACGAUAUGACGCUGGCGACGUUGAACGGUCUCUGUUACAGGAAGUGCACUACGAGAAGAACACGGAGCCCAAGAGAGAGCCUGUGUCUUACUACGAGGCAAAGAGGCUCAACAAGGACUACAUCUCGAACCCUUUGAAAGAGGUGAACUUUGGGAUCUUGAGCGUCAAUUCAAAGUUCUCCGAUGCCUUGACACACCGUCUUAUCCAGGGCCUUACACGGGUGUUUGGCGAAUUACAGCUGAAACUGGAUGAGCUGACUCAUCUUGAGGAGUUUGAUAAUGCCAUCAAGGACUUUACAAGAGUGGACGAGAGCAAAUUGAAUGAUGAGAUUAAGGGCUAUAACGACCGAAUCUCCAGUGCGAUCUCCAAAUCAGGUGAGCUAAGCUCACAGAUUGAAUCGCUCAAGAGCCAGAUUCGACAGGCUGAAGCAACUGCUGAAUCGUUAUCUACAAACACCAAGUUACAACGGAUCAAAGAGCUGAAGGAGCUCAUCUCCAAGGAGGAACAUAGAUCUGGAAACAACGUUACGGAGAUGGAGUACAUGGCAAAGGAAAUCGGCAACGCAGAGAAGAGCAUCUCUGACUCCGACGUUGAAGUUGAACAGUUGAAGAAAUCCAUUGGUGAGAACCAGCAGAAAGUUGACGGGUAUUGGUCCAAUUUCCAGGCACUGUCUAACGAAACUGCAGAACAGCAAGGCCCGUGCCGAUACGAGACGUAA